UUUUUUUUCUCCAUCAAACGCCGUAAACUCCGUUCGUCUUGUUCAAAAGGAUGUAAAUCCUCGGCCGUCGCCCAUUGUCGUCUCCAACUUCUUCAUAUCGAGUUCUUUUCGCUUCACCAGCCGGUAAUAGGAGAGCCAAGAGCUUGCAGGAGAGGCGGGAUCUUAUCUAAGAGGGGAGCUGGAGUGCGGCGUUUCUUGGUCACAGCGAUCUGGUUUGUUGGUAGUUUUUUUGAAGCGAAUCGGAGAUGUCUGUUGUUUAAUCUAUAAACGUCCGCGCUGAUCAGAUCCCUAUGUUUACCUCCGGUGAGAUCUUCGUCUUUCUCCUUUCUGCUUUGGUGGGAGCAGGAAGUCUCGGUCAAACGUUAAUUUCAAAAGUUGGUAGAUAGAUCUUGUUAGGGUUUUGUUUGUUUUGAUCCUAGAUCUUGAAAUUCCGUUUGUGUAUUGAUGGGUUGGUACAAUUAGGGCAGAUUAGUCCUUGCCGUAGGGUUAUUCCUCGGGUCUGGUAGUGGAAUUGAUCCGAGAUCUAGACUGCGGUAUUUUCUAGGGUUUGAAAUACUCCUAGUUUUUCCUAGCAUAGUGGCAAAAAAAUGUCUGCAGCUGGCGUUGUAAUCAGCUCCAUUAGGGAGGAUGCAGUUCUUUCCUCGGUCCUUCUGCAGCGCAGCAGGUCCCUGCAUUACUUGGAUGAUUCUAUCCUGAUCUACCUGGCAGUCCCUGAUUCGUCAGUGAUCCCUAUUAGAGUUCUUGACUCUGAUUCAAUUGCCUCGGUCAAGCUUAGAAUCCAGAGCUGCAAAGGAUUUGUUGUCAAGAAUCAGAAGCUGGUUUUUGAUGGCCGUGAGCUAGCCCGGAAUGAUUGUCUGGUUCGAGAUUACGGUGUGACGGACGGGAAUGUCCUCCAUCUUGUUAUUAGGCUUUCUGAUCUCCGUUUCAUCACUGUAAAUACUGCUUGCGGGAAGAAAUUCAAGUUCAAAGUGGAUCGGAGCCGAAAUGUUGCUUACAUCAAGGAACAAAUUGCAAAGAAAGGUACAGAUUUUGGGGAUGUUGAAGCUCAAAAGCUUAUCUGUGAUGGGGAGGAGCUCGAGGAUCACCAGUUGGUCAAUGAAAUCUGCAAGAACAAUGAUGCUGUCAUCCACUUACUGAUACGCAGGUCAGCCAAGGUUAGGGCUAAGCCUAUUGGCAAAGAUUUUGAGUUAUCCAUUGAAGCCCCAUGCUUAGAGGAGAAGGAAGAUGCCACAGUGAAACUUGUUGUUAAAAAACCACCAGACAGGCAUGCUUUGAUUGAGCCAGUUAUCAUCAAUCGAAAAAUUGAACUUUCAUCAGAACUUCGGAAACUGAUUACUUCAACACAUGCUGGUUUGGAAAAGGGAAACAAACCAGUCAUGUCUUCAGAAGGUUCAGGAGGAGCUUACUUCAUGCUUGAUGCAACUGGUCACGACUAUGUGGCUGUCUUCAAGCCAAUUGAUGAGGAACCAAUGGCUAAAAACAAUCCACGUGGACUCCCCGUGUCAUUGGAUGGUGAAGGAUUGAAGAGAGGCACUCGUGUUGGAGAGGGUGCACUGAGGGAAGUCGCGGCUUACAUUCUCGAUCAUCCAAUCGGUGGUCCUCGUGGUUUCCUCUCGAAUGAAGUUGGCUUUUCUGGGGUUCCGCCUACCACCAUUGUUCAAUGCUUACAUGAUGGUCAUGGAGAGAAGGAUUUCAAGAUUGGUUCCUUGCAGAAGUUUGUGAAGAACCAUGGUAGCUGUGAGGAUAUAGGUCCUCAGGCUUUUCCGGUUGAGGAGGUGCACAAGAUAGCUGUUCUGGAUUUAAGGCUUGCUAAUGCGGAUCGUCAUGCAGGGAAUAUAUUGUUCAGUAGGGAGGGUGAAGAGGGCCGAGCUGUGCUGAUUCCUAUUGAUCAUGGAUACUGCUUGCCUGAGAAUUUUGAGGAUUGUACCUUUGAGUGGCUGUACUGGCCACAGGCUCGCCAGCCUCUCGACUCCAGAACCCUAGACUACAUCAAAUCGCUCGACGCCGAGCAGGAUCUUGCUCUCAUCAAGUUCCACGGCUGGGAGCCUUCGCUGGAAUGCUCCCGCACUCUCCGCAUCUCCACCAUGCUUCUGCAGAAAGGAGCAGGAAGGGGACUCACUCUUUAUGACAUAGGUAGCAUCCUCUGUAGAGAAACAGUCAAGAAGGAAUCCAAGAUUGAGGAGAUGAUCCGCGAAGCGAAAGAUGCUGUUCUUCCAGGUACCAGUGAAGCUGCUUUCAUGGAAACUAUUUCUGAAAUUAUGGAUCUUUAUCUCGACUGUCUGACCAAGUAGAAUUGUUCAUGCUAUAGAUACAGUUUAUCACUCUCUGUCAUAAAUAAAUUUGGUCUUCAGAAAAUGUGUGUGUGUGAAUGUUAGAUGGUGUACUGAAAUUCAAAAGUUUAUGGGGGGCAUUUCUGCAGUUUAUGUAGUAUUUGUCCUUGGUAGAUAUUUGACUUUCUGUUCAUAUUUUAUACUUAAUGCUCGUUUCGGAUAUUAAAAUAAUUGAUU